UCGAAUUAUUGGGGGCGGCAAAUCGCCCGAAACACAUGAUUCCGCUGCGGUUGCGAACGCGCCUCAUCCGCUCGCCAUGGACUUCCGUUUGCCCGAUUCCGCUGCCCUCCGGCCACUACCCUCGGCUUCCCUCUCCUCCUCGUGGCGCCUCGACCUUUUCCUGUCUCCUGUUAUCCCGCCCGCGAAGAGGUGGAGAAGGAACUGCAGGCCUCCCUUCUCCGUUAGGGCAGCGAGGAGGAUCGCCGCCUCUAAGGGUCUCCAGAAGGACGCGAAGCGGGACCUGUCUCGGAUCCUCAGGACGGAGGCCGCCGUUCUCGGCGUCGAGCGCAAGGCCGGGUCCGCUAAGUCCACCCGCUUGUGGCCUAGAGCCGUUCUUGAGGCGCUCGAUGACUCCAUAUCCAACAACCGGUGGGAGUCGGCUCUCAAGAUCUUUGGAUUGCUUCGUAGGCAACACUGGUAUCAGCCGAAACCUCAAACCUAUGCGAAGCUAUUGACUAUGCUGGGAAAGUGUAGACAGCCAGAUCAUGCGACUUCACUUUUCAGAGUUAUGCUCUCUGAAGGGCUCAAACCGACUUUAGAUGUUUACACUUCACUGGUAGGUGCAUAUGGCCACAGUGGUCUCCUAGAUGAGGCAAUUCAUACGAUGGAUGAGAUGAAAACCAUUUCCGAUUGCAGACCAGAUGCAUAUACUUAUACGAUUCUUAUCAACUGUUGCUGCAAACUUCGGCGCUUUGAUUUGGUCCCUUCACUGCUUGCUGAAAUGUCUUAUCUGGGGAUCGAGUCCAACACUGUUACUCAUAACACAAUUAUAGAUGGAUAUGGGAAAGUUGGAAUGCUUGAAGAAAUGGAGGAUCAUUUGUCAAAUAUGCUUGAGAGUGGGAAAUGCUUGCCUGACAUAUUUACAAUGAAUUCUUUUAUUUGGGCUUAUGGUAGUGUUGGUAGAGUAGAAGAAAUGGAAAGAUGGUAUGAUGAGUUUCAGCACAUGGGUGUCGAGCCUGAUUUGCAGACAUUUAAUAUUCUGAUCAAGUCAUAUGGUAAAGCAGGCAUGUAUGGGAAAAUGGUGUUGGUUAUGAAUUAUAUGAAAAAACGCUUCUUUUCUCCCGAUGCAGUCACUUUCAACAUAAUAAUAGAAUGUUUUGGGAGAGCAGGCAACAUUGAGAAGAUGGAAUACUUUUUCCGUUUGAUGAAAAUUCAAGGGGUCAAGCCUAAUUCUGUCACUUAUUGCUCACUAGUUAGCGGAUACAGUAAAGCUAAUCUUCUGGAGAAGGUUCCUUCAAUUAUCAGGCAAACAGAAAACACUGAUGUUGUUUUGGACACACCUUUUUUCAACUGUGUUAUUAGUGCAUAUGGACAAGCUCGAGAGGUGAAAAUAAUGGAAGAAAUGUUCACACAUAUGAAGGAAAAGAACUGCACACCUGAUACCAUCACAUUUGCAACAAUGAUUCUAGCAUACAAUGCUAUAGGCAUGUAUGAAGCUGCCAAAGAGUUGGAGAACAAAAUGCAUCUCACUGAAAGAAGAUUUCUGGCACCAACUAAUAGUAAGAAGCAUCAUGAAGCUUCUUAUGUAGAUGAAGACAUUGGUCCAUCUUGUGAGGACUCGGAUGCCAUUUAACCUCUGAUGUGAGUCCUGACAGACCCUGCUGGAGUUUCCAUUUGCUAUCGCUUAUUUUUCUCUUUUAAUGUGAGAGACCUUCUGCGAUCCAUUACAUUUUAUUGGCUAACGAGUAAGCAUACGCUCAUAUGUUUCAUUUCUUAUCUCUCUUGGAGCGCUUGCAUGGAAUCUUUCAGGGGUUGACGUGUGGGUGAAUAGGGAUUUCCUUCAACACGCAAUGUCUGCUAAUGUGUUGGAGACAUGGACGAUUCCAUCAAUCCUUACUGAUACCUCUAUUAAGAAUGAUACUGCAGUAAUGAUGAUCAUGAUUUCCAUUAGCGAUUUCACAGACACUUGGACAGUGUCGGUCAUCUCUCCUACAAGCAAACACUCUGGGACUCUUUCGUCGACUUGAAGGAUCUUCACAAGAGCAUGGUGUUCUGCAAGCACUGUCAAGAUUUUUCUUCACAUAACCAGUAGGCACAGCUCCUUGUUUCAUCUCCGACCUUGAGGUAUCGAAACCAGGGGUGUGUGUCAAGCCAAAGCAGCCCCGCACGGUUUCAUCUUGUAGUCGUGCAUGGUUGCAUCUUGACAAGCUUGCAUGUGAGAAUCUUUAGCUGCUUGAGAGUUGAUGUCACACUUGUAGCUCUGCAGCUUCCUAAUUGAUGAAUCAUUUCCACCAACAGUCCUAUUGUAUUCUUCCACAUCAUGUUGAAACAGAUCAAGAGCAUGAUUUUGAAGGAAUCAGCAAGCUUUUCCAUGCUAGGAGCCGUUAGAAGGUGAAGCUUUUCCCCCUGACCAACCGGGCGAAUCAGAAUGCCCUCGAAAAAACAGAUGCGGAUGCUGCCGAUGGCGACCGUGAUACAAGCUGCUCCGCCAGUGCAAGCUCAAUUCAUCCACUUCAUAUCUUCCGGUAACCACUUGCGUUACUCCAGAUUCAAUUACUACUAUGUAAAAGCUCAUCGAGAGACUUAGAUACUCUUUAAACUCAUCAACAAUAAAAUUAGUCAUCAUAGACAUGUUUGCAUA